AUGCACGCGACAGACCUUGUGAACAACAAUAUGCCUCAAGAAAGUAAACCGACCCCAACUCAGCAGAAAGCAGAACCACCGUCCCUUAGCGAUUUCGAGCAACAGGAAGAGGUUGCAUGGGGUUCUUUGGCCACGAUUAUAGAUGUCAUAUACAAGAAAAACGGAAGACAUUAUGCCCUGAAGGUGCUGAACAAAGGCCAGCUGGCGAAGAAGAAAGCUAUCGCCUCCGUCCAUGCAGAAAGAAAUGCCUUGAUUGCUCUAGGGAAGAAAUCUUAUCACCAUCCUGGGGUCGUCCGCCUUCACCAUUGCUUCCAUGACCCAGAUCAUCUUUAUUUCGUUCUGGAUCUGGCUACGAACGGCGACUUGAAAAUGCUCGUCCAGAAAUUGGGGUCCAUUUCGUUAAAUUGUGCAAGAUAUUAUACAGCCCAGGUGGUCGACGCUGUCCAAUUCCUGCACGAGUCGGGAAUAUCACAUCGGGAUAUCAAGCCAGAGAAUGUUCUCCUCGACGACGAGAUGCGUAUCAAGCUGGCCGACUUUGGGUGCGCAUAUGUCGGAGCAAACAUGGAAACGCCUAGAACAAAUACCUUUGUCGGCACCGCCGCCUACAUUUCUCCUGAACUUCUGGCUAGAUCUGAAGUAAAUCCUAGAAGUCCCGACAUUUGGGCGAUUGGCUGUCUUCUAUAUUUCUUCCUCUUUGGGAGUUCGCCAUUUAUGGCGGCAACUGACUACCUCACCAUGAAACGAGUAAGGGCGCUCGACUAUUCCAUACCGGAUGUCUGUGAUACAGGCGCGGCAGAUAUGAUACGCGCACUAUUGGUUCUUGACCCACUUGAACGCUUGGGCGUUCCACCAAAGUCGUCGUCGAAGGCCAUUCGGCAACAUCCAUUCUUUGUUGGGAGCGAAGAGAAGACCACGUCUGGCGCAGGCGCAGGCACGUCGCCAGCGCUUUGGUUGGUCGUCGAUUGGGAACGCCUUUGGACGGCCCCACCACCACCGAUCGAAGUUGGUCCUUAUCGCGCGCGGCCGAAGGAAGUUCCUGCGGAUGAUCUAUGGAAAGGCUUCGAGAGUCUUCACCUCGUGAACGACUGA